UCAAAAAUAAUUUCGACAGUUUUUCGUUUGCAAUUAGUCAAAAUGGCACUUUAUACCUAUUUUACAGUUGGUCUCUUAUUAGCUUCAUCUAAUGGGGGAAUCCUAAAAAAUAAUUCAUUAAGUCCAAGGAUCAUCAAUGGAAGAAAUGCUUUACCUGGCGAAUUACCGUACCAAGUGUCACUUCAAGUAAUUAAGAAUAACAUUCAUAUUUGCGGUGGAUCUAUUUUUAACGAAAAUUACGUAUUAACAGCUGCUCAUUGUGUGGAGAGCCGCUUACCGUUUGAAUUGAAAAUAGUAGCUGGAACAUUAAAUCUUAAUCAACCAAAGGCCACUUAUUUCGUCGACGAAAUAAUAAUUCACAAUGAAUAUAAUGGAUCAGAUUCUUGGAAAAAUGACAUUGCUCUAAUCAAAGUAACACCAAAUUUUACAAUGAACAAUGAAAUUAAAAGUGUUGUUCAUCCAAAAUCAAACAUGGUUUUUAGGGAAAAUGAAGAAGCUAUUGUUUCUGGAUGGGGCAAAAUUCGGAUAGGAGGUUCUUUUUCUCACUCGUAUUUGCAACUAGUUACCAUUUUUAUAGCCAAUCAAACAUUAUGUAACGAAAAGUACAAACAAUGGAACAAUAUUUAUGAUACACAAAUUUGUACUUAUGAAUCGAAAAUGGAAAAAGGAUUUUGCAGAGGUGACUCUGGUGGACCGUUGACUGUUAAUGGUGUUCUAGUGGGAAUUGCAUCCUGGGUGAAUCGUGGUUGUGCAAACAUCCACUUUCCCUCAAUUUAUACAAGAGUGUCAAAAUUUCUGAACUGGAUUAAAGAAAAUGCAAUUUAA